UAGAAGGGGAGGCCAUCUUGGUCUUUCUGUUUUAGACCAAACCGUAGCUUUACAAAUAACAGCUGACAGAAGUCAAAAAACAACAACAGAUAAUAUCAACAAUCCGCGGGUGAAGAGUUCUGGGGAUGGAAGUAUUUAAGACAGGUGUGACCAUGCAGCCUCUGGCGUAAGGCGCUCUGACCUAUGCUACACCAAGCGUCAAUAGACCGGAGUUUCUUAUUUUUUUCUUUUUUUUGUUGUUGCUUGUGUCAGUCAUUUUGUUGACAGUUUUUGAUGAGAUGUUCCGCAAAGAACAAUACUAUUGAGGAACAGGAGAGGAGACGAUUGCUUCUAUCUAAUUACAUUUGCUUUGGAUAACAGCCUGUGAGAAGGCAGACUAUUCCUCAAGAUUUAUCCCCCCCCCACCCCCACACCGCCACAAUCAGAAUAAGAACUGUAUCACGCCCUUUGUGGAUAGGAUAAUUGACUAGCCAUGAGUACCGCCAGUACCCAUAACCCAGUGAUACUGGGCCAUUCCAGCCAGAAUGGCCAGCUCCGAGGCCCGGUGGUGAAGCCUGCAGGAGGGCAGGGCAGCGGAGGAGGAAGUCAUCAGACACAUCAGCCCAGCCAGAUGAAGCAGGCCUCCAGCACAAUCAACAACGGCACUGGGUCUAGCAGCACCCAGUUGGCUAAAGCUACCCUCACAGCCAAUACUGUCAUCAAGCCUGGAGAUGACUGGAAGAGGAAUUUGACGCUCCCUCCAAAAGACAUGAGGAUGAGAACUUCGGACGUAACGGCGACUAAAGGCAAUGAGUUUGAAGAUUACUGCCUGAAGAGGGAACUGCUGAUGGGCAUCUUUGAGAUGGGCUGGGAGAAACCCUCUCCAAUACAGGAGGAGAGCAUCCCCAUAGCGCUGUCUGGGAGGGACAUUCUGGCCAGGGCCAAGAACGGGACAGGAAAGAGCGGAGCCUACCUCAUUCCCCUAUUGGAACGCAUCGACCUGAAGAAGGACUGCAUACAAGCGAUGGGCAUCGUCCCCACCAGAGAACUGGCCUUGCAGGUGAGCCAGAUCUGUAUUCAGAUCAGCAAACACAUGGGCGGGGUCAAAGUCAUGGCCACAACGGGCGGUACCAACCUCCGCGAUGACAUCAUGAGGCUCGACGAGACAGUUCACGUUGUGAUUGCCACCCCUGGGAGGAUCCUGGACCUCAUUAAGAAGGGCGUGGCCAAAGUCAAUCAGGUCCAGAUGAUUGUUCUGGACGAGGCAGACAAGCUGCUGUCCCAGGACUUUGUGGUGAUGAUGGAAGAGGUAUUGAGCUACCUGCCCAAACAGAGACAGAUUCUGCUCUACUCUGCUACUUUCCCUCUCAGCGUGCAGAAGUUCAUGAACUCCCACCUGUCCAAGCCCUACGAGAUCAACCUGAUGGAGGAGCUGACCCUGAAGGGGGUCACCCAGUAUUACGCCUACGUUACAGAGAGACAGAAGGUCCACUGUCUCAACACACUCUUCUCCAGGCUCCAGAUCAACCAGUCUAUCAUCUUCUGUAACUCGUCUCAGAGGGUGGAGCUGCUGGCCAAGAAGAUAUCUCAGCUAGGCUACUCGUGUUUCUACAUCCAUGCCAAGAUGAGACAGGAGCACCGUAACAGAGUGUUCCACGACUUCAGAAACGGCCUCUGCCGGAAUCUGGUCUGCACAGACCUCUUCACAAGAGGUAUCGACAUUCAGGCUGUGAAUGUGGUGAUCAACUUUGACUUCCCCAAGCUGGGGGAGACGUACCUGCAUCGCAUCGGCAGAUCUGGUCGUUUUGGUCACCUGGGUCUGGCCAUCAACCUGAUCACAUACGAUGACCGCUUCAAUCUCAAGGGCAUCGAGGAGCAGCUGGGAACAGAGAUCAGACCCAUCCCCGGCAGCAUAGACAAGAGCCUGUAUGUUGCAGAGUACCACAGUGAGAACGGAGAGGAGGUCAAGCUGUGAGGAGGACGAGGAACAGAGAUCAGAUGAGACCCCCGUCCCCGUCGCCCCUCCCUUUUGAUGUUACGCCUCCCUUCUGUUUCCUGGAUUGAUUUUUUUGAUUUUAUUUUUUUGGACGUCUAAUUUCCUGUCUGUCGGUCUUCCUUCCUGUUUUUGGGUGCCACCUCAUGGAAACGUGUACGAUCUGUGAGGGACAACAAACCUGCAGAGGAACUCAUGCUGUCCCUGUUCUAGGGUCCUCUCUCUGCUGCGAUGCACUGAAGACUACUAACUACCACAGGGAGGAGGAAGGCAGGGAACGUGUGGAACGCCGUCUUUCAAUGGAGAUGAUCAUUUCCAUCUCUGCUCCAAUCUACCCUGAGCACUGCCUGCCAGCCAGCACUUACCCCCUACCUCCCUGACCCCUCCCUACCUCCCUGACCCCUCCCUCCCUACCUACCUGACCCCUCCCUCCCUACCUACCUGACCCCUCCCUCCCUACCUACCUGACCCCUCCCUACCUACCUACCUGACCCCUCCCUCCCUACCUACCUGACCCCUACCUACCUACCUGACCCCUCCCUACCUGACCCCUCCCUCCCUACCUGACCCCUCCCUCCCUACCUGACCCGUCCCUAUCUGACCCCUCCCUCCCUACCUGACCCCUCCCUCCCUCCUACCUGACCCCUACCUCCCUCCUACCUGACCCCUACCUCCCUCCUACCUGACCCUCCCUCCCUCCUCCCUGACCCCUCCCUCCCAUCUACCUGACCCCU